AUGGUCAAAGCCCAGCUGAUGGACAGCAUCCAGGCCUGCAAACAAUCUGCAUCCUCCGUGCUAAGAAUGUGCAGUGGGCUUGACAAGAUAACCCUGUCGCAUGACGCAGACAGCCAGUCUGACAGCCAAUCCUCAGAGGACCAGUUCGAUCAGGGGGCGGAGCCUCUUAAAGUCUGUGUGGCCCCGCAGGAGGUAUACCAGCAGAUUGUCAGGAUCAACCAGCAGGUGAAGCGAGCAGUGCGAUUGGCCCUCGAAUGGCGGCAGCCUCUACAGUAUGACGGGCCCCGUAUGGCCCCCGCCUGCACAGUGGAACAGGAGCAGUCUGCACUGGGCUCAAAGGACAGGCCAUACCACUGGAGGAAGUUUGGGGGGAUGUGGAUCUGGUCGUGGGAACAAUGUGGGGAGUCUAGCCUGGUGCUACUGCGGUUCCUCACCCUGACUUUGUCUGUAGGGAACCUCUCAACCAGGGGACAGGAGGAAGGGGCAGCCUCCAACAGUCUGGAGGAUGAGCUGGAGUCCACCACAUACUGGUGGGGGGAGUGGGCCAAGUGGACCGCCUGCACGCGCACCUGUGGAGGUGGGGUCAUGUCCCAGGAGAGGCACUGUCUCAAACAGAGAAAGAAAGCAGCCGCUGGUAGAGACAACAUGACCUGCACUGGCACUAAGAAAAAAUACCUCCUCUGUAACACCAAGGACUGCCUUUCCUCUGGGAGAAGCUUCAGGGAAGAGCAGUGCUGGUCGUUCAACUCACAGGUCUACAAUGGCAGGAACUACCACUGGAAACCCCUGUAUCCGGAUGACUAUGUCCAUAUCUCCAGUAACCCAUGUGACCUGCACUGCACCACAGCCGACGGCCAGAGACAGCUGAUGGUUCCUGCUCGAGACGGAACAUCCUGCAAGUACAGCAACUACAGAGGGGUCUGUGUGGACGGCAGAUGUGAGCCAAUCGGGUGUGAUGGAGUGCUCUUCUCGCCCAAUACACUGGAUACGUGUGGAGUGUGUCAGGGGGAUGGCAGCAGCUGCAGCAGGGUCAAUGGAAACUUCCGCCGCGGGGCCACCAGUUUGGGUUACUCCUUUAUCACAACAAUCCCUGAGGGCUCCUGGGACAUCCAGAUCAUUGAGAGGAAGAAGUCAGCUGAUGUUUUGGCUGUGACUGAUCAGGCGGGGAACUUCUUUUUCAAUGGAAACUACAAGGUGGACAGCCCCCAGAACUUCCAUGCGGCGGGUACUGUCUUCAAGUACCGGCGGCCCAUGGAUGUGUAUGAGACGGGAAUCGAGUACAUCGUAGCCAAAGGGCCCAUCAACCAGGCCAUCAAUGUUCUGGUGUGGAACCAGAAUGGUCGUAUCCCUUACAUUACGUACGAGUACACCGUCCUACGGGAGCUCCUGUCCCCCGUCCCUCAACCCCCUGUCUACACCGGUCCCGACAGCACCGCCCCUGGGGUUUCCGUGGAGAUGGGCAGUAUGGUGGCCCCCAACGGGAGCACGUAUGACAAGGCGAUACCUGAGACUCAGCAGAACCGUUUGUUGAAGAAGGGGGCCGAGGGCCAGGAGACCAAUGAGGUGUAUGAGGAGACAGCAGCCAUUGACUGUGACCAGGACAGCCCAACCCCACCACAAUACACAGAUGGCAACAGCAGUCACACAGGCGGUGUAGCAGUCCCUGCCCCGGCAGCCAGCAGGCCUUUAGAGGAGAAGCCAGACCCAGAGAACCUCAUCUGGAGAGUCUUGCUGGGCGAGCGGAUUGGUCCAGACGUGGGAGAGGGACUGUUCUCGUCGGAGGUGGGGCCAUUGGAGGUAGACCAUAGCAACGUGAAGUUCCCCCUCAAAAGCUCACUGGGGGAGUUCAGUCUGGACCGGCGGAGGAAUGAUACUGGAGACCUGCUGUUCCCCAACAGGACGUUGCUGACAGGGAUGAGGAGCAACAACCGUACCAACAGAACCAGGACCAUUCAGAGGUUCCUGCAGAAGAACUUCAAGCUGAGGCCUGCAGACAUGUACCGCUGGAAACUGUCUUCUCAGGAACCCUGCACCUCCACCUGCUCUAUAGGAGUGUCAAAGUCCUUUGCCAUGUGUGUGCGCUACGAUGGAGCUGAGGUAGAUGACAUGCAGUGUGACAAUAUGACCCGACCUGAGCCUGUUCAUGACUUCUGCAUUGGGAGGGAGUGCCAGCCCAGGUGGGAAGCCAGCAGCUGGAGUGAGUGUUCUCGUACCUGUGGUGAGGGCUUCCAGUUCCGUCUGGUGCGCUGCUGGAAGAUGCUGUCCCCCGGGCUGGACAGCUCUGUGUACAGUGAUCUCUGCACCAUGGCAGAACUGGAGAGGCCCCUGGAGCGCCGCGCCUGUAAGAGCCCCACCUGUGGCCCCCAAUGGGAGGUGGCCGAGUGGACUGAGUGUCCAGCCAAGUGUGGCAGCAGGGCCCAGGUGACCCGGGAGGUCAGGUGUUCAGACGAAACCAAGUUAUGUGAUCCCCUGACCCGCCCCCCUAACAUUAAGAACUGCACAGGCUCGCCCUGCGAGCGCCAGUGGACUGUGUCAGAGUGGGGGCCGUGCUCGGGGUUGUGCGGCCAGGGGAAGAUGGUACGCCACGUGUACUGUAAGACACCAGAGGGCCGUGUGGUGCCUGAAUCCCAGUGCUCUCCGGAGAAUAAGCCCCUGGCCAUCCAUCCCUGUGGGGAGAAGGACUGUGCCCCACACUGGCUCACUCAGGACUGGGAGAGGUGUAACACGACAUGUGGCCGCGGUGUGAAGUGGAGGAUCGUGCAAUGCGCCGGCAUCACCGCUGGGAAGUUCCAGACCCACGACGACGAGGACUGUGGUGCCAGUGAGAGGCCAGAGGACGAGAACUCCUGCUUUGAGAGGCCCUGUUUCAAGUGGUACACCACACCCUGGUCUGAGUGCACUAAGAUGUGUGGUGUGGGUGUUAGGAUGAGAGAUGUAAAGUGCUACCAGGCUAGGGAGAUCGUGAGAGGGUGUGACCCCCUGACCAAGCCUGUGGCCAAGCAGACCUGCGCCCUGCAACCCUGUCCCACUGAACCCCCAGAUGAGAGCUGUCAGGACCAACCCACCACCAACUGCUAUCUAGCUCUGAAGGUGAACCUGUGCAGUCACUGGUACUACAGCAAGGCCUGCUGCCAUUCCUGCAGGGCCCAGCACACCUCUUAG